AGGAAGCUCAACAACGGCUCAUGGAGAUGGAAAGAAAAGGCUUUACUAGUUCUACAAGCACCACUGAACAAGCGCUCAAACAAGAUGGGUCUCCAAAUGAAGCUGUAAAACUGCUCAAGGAGAAGCAUGAAAAAGAAUUUGGGGGAUCAGGGAAAAGAACGGAGCAAGAGCUCCCACAAAACAAAAAAAGUGAGGCCGCAAAUACCAAUGGAACCAACGAUAAGCCCGUGAGCAUUCAUAGGAAUCCAGUUAAAAAAGCAACAAAUAGCCACCAUGUUGGGGUUUUCGAGUGCAACAACCGUGCUCAAGGGACAGGCUGCGACAUUGAAGACAAUGAGGAGUUGGCCAAGAGACUGGUGUGUUUCUUUGUGAGCGUGAUACCAUUGGCAGUGAAAACACACACUCCAACAGACUGA